AUGUUGUUGUCAGAGUGUAAUAAAAGUGGUGUCACAUUCACCCUUUCGGGCUUCUCAGAUUACCCAGAAGUACAGUUACCCCUCUUCUUUGUAUUUCUGUCCAUCUAUGGUGUCGCUGUUGUAGGGAAUAUUGGGAUGAUUGUAAUCAUGAAAAUUAACCCCAAGCUGCACACCCCCAUGUACUUUUUCCUCAGCCACCUCUCAUUUGUGGUUUUUUGCUAUUCUUCCGUCGUUGCUCCUAAGAUCCUGGAGAACCUAGUUGUAGAAGACAGAGCCAUUUCACUUUUAGAAUGGGUAGUGCAGCUCUUUUUCUUUCGUACCUUCAUCGUGACUGAAUCUUUUUUAUUAUCAGUAAUGGCCUAUGACUGCUUUUUGGCCAUUUGCAACACUCUGCUGUACACAAUUGCCAUGUCCCAUGACUCUUUACUGCUUUUUAUCUUCGUCACUUUGAAUGAUGUGAUCACAUUACUCAUCAUUCUCACCUCUUAUAUGUUUAUCAUUGUCACCAUCUUGAAAAUGAGUUCAGCCAGUGGUCAUCGUAAGGUGUUUUCUACCUGUGCCUCUCAUCUGACUGCCAUCACCCUCUUCCAUGGCACCAUCCUCUUCCUCUACUGUGUGCCCAAUCCAAAAACUCCAGAUACACCUUCAAAGUAG